AUGGCCAUCCUAUCACUAGCACGUCUCCUUGCGGCCCUCGUACUGGCCCUUGUAGUCGGUGCUGCGCCGGCUUCGCAGGAUCUUGAGGAGCGCAAGUCUGACUCGGCCAGUGUUGUCCCUAGUGCGCCCAGGUUCGUCAUUUACAGCGAUCAGUGGGUAUCAGGCGAGAAUGGACCACCGGCUGCAUCCGCAGUGAAGGGCUUCAACGUCUUCGCAUUAUCCUUCCUCCUCUUGAGUGGCCCAGCCGACCAGGCUCUUGAAUGGACGCUCAUAACAGCGAGCCAGCGCGCAGCAAUCAAGGCCCAGUAUGCCGCUGCCGGCAUCUCGCUCGUUGUCAGCGUCUUCGGAUCAACGGAUGCACCCACGUCAUCCAAUGCGGACCCAGUUGCCACCGCCAACACCAUCGCGGCUUGGGUGAAGGAGUACUCACUUGAUGGGGUCGAUGUCGAUUACGAGGACUUCAAUGCUUUCGACGCAACUACCGGCGCUGCCGAGGCUUGGCUCGAGUCUUUCACUCGCCAGCUCCGGUCACAAUUGCCAUCAGGACAGUACAUCAUUACCCACGCUCCCGUCGCGCCCUGGUUCGAGCCAAACGUAUGGUCUGGUGGAGGCUACCUUGCCAUCGACAAGGCGGUCGGAAGCAUGAUCGACUGGUACAACAUCCAGUUCUACAACCAGGGUACUUCUGAGUACACGACCUGCGCCGGACUACUGACUUCAUCGGGUGGCGCAUGGCCUCAAACGUCCCUGUUUGAGAUAGCAGCCAGCGGAGUUUCGCUCAACAAGCUUGUUAUCGGGAAGCCUGCAACUGCGGGUGAUGCUUCCAAUGGCUAUAUUGCGCCUGCCACCCUGGCCGGCUGCGUCUCCCAAGCCAAAGCGAAGGGCUGGUCGGCCGGGGUCAUGACCUGGGAAUACCCGGACGCGGCGGCUUCUUGGAUCUCAACAGUGCGGGCGCAGUCUUGGCCUGUCUGA